CAAAGAAAAAGAAAAUUGCAUUUUGAUUUGCUGAAGAGUCAAGACACAGAACGCGGUCCAGUUUUUUGUAACUGCGUUUCGUGCUGCGGGAAAAACCAAAAAAACAAAAAAACAAAAAAAAAAAAAGAAAACCUGCGUUUCUUGGGUCUCCAUCCCCAUCCAAUUCCUUUCCUGCGCCACUUUCGUCCUCGUUCUCCUGCCCCCUAUCGCCUCAACAAGUCAUCGUUUGUUAACUUUACCUUCAUCUUAGGCAUGCGACUUUUUUUUCUUCUUCUGCGCAAUUUGUUCCUCUGUAAUUCGAAUCUCAUAACUACUUGAUAAUGCUUUAUUUUCUUGGAUUUUUCUUUUCUUCUUUGGAUAUGAUCGAAUACCCAUUGUGUUAUAUGUUAUAUUCGAAGUGGGUUUCUUUUUCUUAUGGCUUCAAAUUCUUGUACUUGUCCUUUCCUGGUUAGGUUGCUGUUACGCAGUCCUCAAAUUUAGGGUCGAAAUUUCAAUUCUACUGUAAGUGCUAUGCUACUAGUUGUGCAUGAAGUGAAGGUGAACGCGAGGCAAGGUCACGGAUUGCAAUUAUGGGGUUUCUGGAAUUCGGGUCUCUUUGUGCUUGAAUUCUUUUUUGAAAUGCCUGUAACGCAAGUAGAAAUGCCCAUGGACUUUUUCGGUUCUGUAAUUUUAGACAUUUUUGAGAAACCUUGGUUCAUUGGUUUUGGAUCAAGAAUCAAAACUGGGAUCUGAUUGUUAUUCUCUUUAUUUCCUUACUUUUCUUUGGAUGUAUCUUGUGCUUCAACUCUAAGGCUGAACCCAUGCAUAAUCCCCUAUUAGAAUACAAUUCCCUCCGUUUUUUUCAAACGAUAUGUUAUUUAGUUUUCUGAUUUUCUCCUUCUUUCCUGUUGAUUUCAAUUUGAACUUUUGCCUGGCAGGUCCAAGAGUCUAGUAAACCUUGGUGAUUUAUUUUCUGUGGCAUAAACUUCCAAUGAGAUUCAUAUGUCCCUUAGUAGACCAAUAUGCUUUUUAACUUUGCUUUUGCUUCAGAGCAUCAUGUGUAUGAGUCAAGACUAUAUGCUAUAACAUUCUGAGGUUAGAUUUUAGCCAUUGACUUUAGAAACUUGGUUUUCUUGAAUGAUGAGGAAAUAUUUUGCUGAGUUUUUUAAUUGCAACUUGAAAGUUUAAGAUGUCCAAUAAUGUGCUGGUACGACUAAAACAUCAGCUACAUGGGCAGUUUCUUCCUUGUUUUAGGAUUAUUAUUUUCUUUUAGUUUCUAUGUGACUCUAGGAUGUGGCCGGAACAGUUAGUGUGAAACUUUCACGUUAAGCUAACCAUUUCAUAAUCCGGAAUUAUUUUGUCCUAUUAGUAGAAUCAUGAGACAGAUAUGUCUGGAACAAAGAUCAUAAUCAAAGAGGAUCUUUGGCUCUUCCCUACCACGUCAGCCCUUCAAGUUGUUUCCCCUCCUGUCCACCACAGGGAAACAGAAACUUCAGUGGUUUUUCUAUUUUAGCAGAAAUCUAGUGCCAGAGGAUUCGUAGCCACGGAUGAAACAGUGAUUAUUAUGUCUGGAUUGAUUGAAGGACUUCCUGAUGCAGUUGCAAUAAGGUGCCUUGCAAGGGUUCCCUUUUUCCUCCACCCGAAGUUAGAGCUUGUCUCUCGCUCUUGGCAAGCAGCCAUUCAUAGCCCUGAACUAUUUAAAGCUCGACAGGAGGUUGGUUCAUCUGAGGAUCUGUUAUGUGUCUGUGCUUUCGAUCCAGAGAACCUAUGGCAGCUGUAUGACCCUCUACGGGAUCUCUGGAUAACUCUUCCUGUUAUUCCAUCAAAAAUCAGACACCUUUCCCACUUUGGUGCUGUCUCAACUGCUGGAAAGUUGUUUGUGAUUGGUGGCGGAAGUGAUGCUGUAGAUCCAUUGACUGGCGAUCAAGAUGGGAGCUUUGCAACAAAUGAAGUCUGGUCAUAUGACCCCGUAGUCCGGCAGUGGGCCCCGCGGACAUCAAUGCUAGUGCCACGUGUCAUGUUUGCAUGCUGUGUUUUGAAUGGAAAAAUAGUCGUGGCUGGGGGCUUCACUAGCUGCAGAAAAUCAAUAUCUCAGGCAGAAAUGUAUGACCCUGAAAAAGAUGUGUGGAUUCAAAUGCCUGAUCUGCAUUGCACCCAUAAUUCAGCUUGUUCAGGAGUGGUUAUUGGGGGAAAGGUUCACGUAUUGCAUAAAGGGCUGUCGACAGUGCAAGUUUUAGACAAUGGAGGGCCUCCUGGGUGGACUGUUCAGGAAAGCGGGUGGCGUCAAGGUCCGAUGGCAGUUGUUGGAGGUGCCCUCUAUGUGAUGAGCCAUGGAUUUAUCAUCAAGCAGGACAAAGGAGAGAGAAAGAUAGUGGGUUCAGCAUCAACUCGAAGAAUUGGGUUUGGAAUGAUUGGGGUUGGUGAUGAUUUGUAUGUGAUUGGAGGAGUCAUUGGCCCUGACAGGUGGAACUGGGACAUUAAGCCUUUGGCUAAUGUUGAUAUUCUCACACCUGGGAGUGACAGAACAACCUGGCGUCAGGCAUCUCCAAUGUCACGGUGUCGUGGUACUAUCCUUGGUUGUACGCUGCUGAGAAUUUAGGCCAUCAUCUUGUUAGACUCUUGUAAUUGUUCUCCUGCUGGGGGAUCCGGAUCCCUUCGACUAGAGAAAGAAUUAGUUGUUUCCAA